AUGGCAUUUCUGAGAUCAGUUGCCACCAGUGGCGGAACUACGUUGCAGCCGUACCAAUUCGGAUUCCUGAUUCCGCCCCUGGUUGCCACCACAACUGCCAUCGCUGCCUCUCUUUUACCAGCCGCCAUUUCCCUCUCCUCAUCCUCUUCUUCCCAAAACUUGUCCUUUCUCUUUUCUUCAUCUCCAAUCUCAAAUCCUAUGUUCCUCUCUACAAGCCUCACCAAUUCUCCCUCAGCUCUACGCAUGGACGAACCCACAUCCGAACAGAAGCCCUCCUUCCAGGGUGAUGCUGUAUUGCCUGAGCUAAUGACAGAGUACAUGGUAGAUAUGAAUUGUGAGGGAUGUGUUAAGGCUGUCAAGAAUAAGAUACAAGUUGUUGGGGUGAGACUUUUGAGCUACUGGAUUAUACUAGAGAAGCUUAGAGUUUCUGAUCUUAUUGGGCGAUCAGUAGCAGUAUAUGGAACUGCUGAAGAGUCAGAUUCUGGUGUCGCAGCUGCUGUAAUUGCAAGAAGUGCUGGAGUAGGUGAGAAUUACAAGAAGCUUUGCACUUUUGAUGGGACCACAAUAAGGGAAUCAAGUGACAAUGACUUCGUCAUGAGCAAGGUCUAAUACAUAGAGCAACUGUAGUUGGGAGUCGUAGGUUAAGUUAAGGCACCUUGUACAACCAAAAAGGUCAUAUGUAUUUGUCAUGCUCGGUAAAUCCUUUGUGCAAAGUAAAGAAGACUUAUUCAUCUAAUAAAGGGCAU